CCAGAUCCCUUGGCGUGCUGAAACAUGCAUGUUCCAAGUCGGGUUUCCCUUCUUGCUUGUUACCUCCUUCCCUAAGAUGCUUUAUUCUCCGCAUGCGCCUGCUGCCUCUCUUCCCGUACAUUCUUCUGUUUUCUUUCCACCUUACCUUUGCAGACUUUUUCAAAGUCUAUUUAUGUUCCUCUCUAAACUCCCUCAACCAUCUUCCUUCUUAUUCUUUACAUACCGUCAAGUUAAGAACCUUGCCUAUGUAGACCGUUCUUGAUGCGUGUUGCUACUUUAUCUUUCUAUUCAAAACUCAAAAGGCGCACUACUGACUUAUCAAUUUUUUCUUGUAGAUCCUCAAUACCAGCUUGAACUCGAGGAUGUGGAAAGGCCCAGUACUGCAACCGACUCAGCGACACAAUCCCUACAUGCCUCCCUAUCUCAUAACCAUCAACAGCCUGUUGAGCAAGCAUGCUUUUCAUAAGUAAUACCAGAAAAUAUGAACCACCCGCAAAGAGAUGAUGAUGCUAUUUCAUAUAAUAACCCUCCUGCCAAACGACAAAUGCGGGACAGGAAUCCAAAUAUCCCUAGCAAUACCACACUGCUAAACCUAAACCUGCCAAGGUCUUUGAUACGAAAGCUGGAAUUAGAGAAGAGAUUGCCAGCGCAACCUUGGCUCAGAGGCAAGCUUUCUUGAUAGAGAAGCAGGAUUAUUUCACACAAUUGCUACCACAAAAUAACUAUAUCCAGAAGCUAAUCACACAGAAUGUCGAUCUAUCCGAAGAAGAGAAGGCCAAACUACCAGCUUUCGUACCUUAUCAGCAGCUAGAAACCCAGCCAAAGGGAAUCAAAGCUACUUUAAAGCCUUAUCAGCUUUCAGGCUUGAGUUAUAUGGUCUACUUGUACAGAAAUGGCGCCAACGGCAUUUUGGGUGACGAUAUGGGACUAGGAAAGACUCUCCAAACACUUUCCUUGAUUCAAUACCUCAAAGAGAACUAUCCUACCUCUGGAAAAGGCAAAUCACAACGCCCAUUCCUUAUCGUUUGUCCUCUAUCAGUCUUGGGAAGCUGAAUGACCGAGACAGAGAAAUGGACUGACCUGAGCGUCGUUAGAUUUCAUGGAGGACGUGAGGAACGCAGUAGAUUGAAACACAUUAUUGCGGGAGAGAGUGGUAAGCUAGUAAGCCUGAUCCCUCAUGCCACUAGAAAGAGAAAGCACCAUGCUAGCCAGGACUCGUUGGGAAGAGAUCAAAUUUCUCUGGACAGUGGUGAUGAUAUUGAUGAAGACAAUGCUGGCGGAGUAGACUUGGUUAUCACAACUUAUGAGUAAGUUCUAAUUUUACAUUAUUUUCAUUGUGUUCCGAUACCAUGCUAGGAUACUUUAUUAUGCAUUUUAGUAUGGCAUUCUUGAAGCUUUACUAUUUGGCUCGCGGAGAAGAUCUUGUGUAUUGUUUCAAUCACCUUGAUACUUUGAUUAUUUCUAUUCCAUAUAUACUCGUGGGGCAAGGUCACUUUGAAUCUUUGUAUCUAAAAAGUUGAUCCUUUUUCGAGCAAUUACAGGUUCGUAUUUGUUUGACCAAAUGACAAACCAAAACGAAAUGACUCUAUUCAAUAUAUACUUCCUCUC